AUGAGUCUCGAGGCAUUCCGUUGGCAUGAGCUGGUACAGGUCUGUACCGAAUUAGGGAUUGAUUUGGGGCAGACAAAACGAAAACCGCACAUCAUAGAACUUCUUGAGGCCGAAGACGUCAGUGUUGAGGAGUUCACAGAGGCUCCGGAGGAAGUUCGCGCAAGGGAGCGGGAGGAACGCAGAAAGCGGGCCGACGAGGAGGCUCGCGAGAGGGCGAGAGGGAGAUUCGAGUGGGCUCUCAAGUGUGAGAGAUGGGAACUCGAGAAACGCCAGUACAAGCGCGAAAUGGAGCGGCUCGACUACGAGUUCGAGCAUCUCGAGCUCGCGAAGAAAGCGCGGGAGAUGGAGGCUCUUUCUCGGACGGCAACAGGCGUUGAAGGGGUGACAGGAAAGGCGUGUCAGGGAAAGGAGAAAGUGGGAGCUGGGGACACAGAGAUGACCGGAGACCAGCGUCUUUCUCCCGACACGGCCGUCACCGCUCUUCGCAAGCCCCACCUGAACUCCGAGCGGCGGAGCGGUGAGAGUGACGUGGAAGCAGCAACAGAAGUGGUGUGUCAGGAAAAGAGGAAAAUGGAAGCUGGGGACACCGAGGUGACUGGAAACCAGCAUGUUUCCUCCGACGCGACCGACGCUGUUCCACGCAAGACUGACGCCGUUCCGUACAAGACCGACCGAACGCCCAAGCGGCGCGAAAAGGAAGAGAGGGAUCUUCGGGCGUCUGGCGGCGACUUCCCGGAUGACGAAGGCGACGCCAAGACGGAGACGACGCCGGGGAAGUCCAUCCAGCUCACGGAGAGCAGCGCCUAG